AUGGAUUAAAGUAUAUUAUUUAAGCCUUUAAAAAUGGGUGAUAUUGAACUACCAAAUCGUAUUUGUAUGGCAGCCUUAACUAGAUAAAGAUGUGAAACAGAAGAUCUUGUUCCAAAUGAUAUAAUGAUAGAAUAUUAUGGACUUAGAGCUGAGGCUGGAUUUAUAUUGACAGAAUGUGUUCCAAUUUCCGAAAGAUCUUUAGCCUUCCCAAGAGAACCAGGAAUUUAUACAAAAGAAUAGGUUAAAGGUUGGAAGAAAGUCGUCGAUAAUAUACACUCUAAAGGUGGUAGAAUCUUAGCCUAAGUAUGGCAUGCUGGAAGAGCAAGUCUAUCUACUUUAUAGAAUGGAUUAGAAAUUUGGGGACCUUCACCUAUUAAAAUAAGAGGUAUUCAUAGAAGAGGUUUAACAGAACAUGAGAUACCUCAUGAAAUGACAAUAGAAGAAAUCUAAGAAGUUAUCAAACAAUUUAAGUAAGCAGCUGAAAAUUGUAAAGAAGCUGGAUUUGAUGGUGUUGAAUUACAUGGAGCUCACGGAUAUAUUAUUGAUUAAUUUCUUAGAGAUAGUUCAAAUAAGAGGACUGAUGAAUAUGGAGGAAGUGUAGAAAAUAGAAGCAAAUUAUGUUUAUAAGUCAUUGAUGAAUUCAUUAAUGUUUUUGGAAGAGGAAGAGUUGGCAUCAAGAUAUCUCCUGUUGGUAGACUCAAUGAUUAAUGUGAUUCAGAUCCCCUAAAGUUAUACACAUAUUUGAUUAAAGAACUUGAAAAAAAGUAAAUUGCUUUUAUUGAGGUCAAAGAUGAUAAUGACCCUGAGAAUUUAUUUGAUUUUGGUUAUCCAUCUAGUAAGGAUUAAAUUCCUGAUCUUUUUGAGGUCUUUAGACCCUUAUUUAGUGGUGUAUUAAUAGCAAAUAAUUAAUAUACACCAACCACAGCAAUUGAAGGUAUUGAAAAGGGAAGAUUCGAUGCUGUAACAUUUGGUAGAUUAUUUAUUUCCAAUCCUGAUCUUGUAGAGAGAAUUCGAUAAGGUUAUGAAUUAAAUACAAAUUGGGAUGUAGAUACAUUUUAUACCAAAGGAGUUAAAGGUUAUUUAGAUUAUCCAUUGUAUUCAUCAUAAUAGAAAUGAUAAAUAAU